AUGGGAAAAAUGGUUACAAAGGCCGGGAUUGCUGCUGUCGAUGAUGUCGUCAUUGUGUGGAGGUUGCUGCGCCUAUUGUCGGAAGAUGGAGAUUGCCCCGCUAUAGCUGAUCCCGGUGCUUGUGCUGUCAAUAAUGAUGAUGAUGAUACUGUUUGGCAAAUGGCAUUGCUUGGUCGUAGCAUUGUUCGCUACUUCACUAAUACAUUUUUCAUUUUCUCGGCUGCUUUGCUCGGAUUCCAGCCCAUAAGAGUUUAUUUGGAAACAUUCUAA